UCAGAAGAGGAAGUGGCUCUUCCGGGUACCAAGCUGGCAACUUCCUUUCUGAAAUUCAGCCUACUUCUGAGUUUCUGUGUUAUUUGUUUUUAGUGCCUCUGCUGGGUGAAGUGAAGGGAGCUCGGCAAGCUCAGAACUCCAGACAUGGAUGUAGUGACCUAUGAUGACGUGCAUGUGAACUUUACUCGGGAAGAGUGGGCUUUGCUGAACUCUUCUCAGAAGAACCUCUACAAAGAUGUGAUGCUGGAGACCUAUAGAAAUCUCACAGCUAUAGGCUAUAUUUGGGAAGAACGUACUAUUGAAGACCAUUUUCAAAGUUCUAGAAGUCAUGGAAGGCAUAAUAGAAGUCAUACUGGAGAGCAACCUUCUGAGAUUAUUCAAUUUGAUAAGACCUUUGCCUAUCAGAGUCAUACCCAAAGGCAUGAAAGAACACACCAUGGAGAGAAACCGUAUGAAUGUAACCAAUGUGGUAAAGCCUUUGCAGGUAGCAGUGGUCUUGAAUAUCAUAAAAGAACACAUACCGGAGAGAAACCCUACGAAUGUAACCAAUGUGGGAAAGCCUUUUCAGGAAACAGUGGACUCGAAUAUCAUAAAAGAAUACAUACUGGAGAGAAACCCUAUGAAUGUAAACAAUGUGGUAAAGCCUUUAGAGGAAGCAGUGUUCUCCGAUUACAUAAACAGACACAUACAGGAGAGAAACCUUUUAAAUGUAACCAAUGUGGUAAAGGUUUUUUAAAGAGGAAUGGUCUUGAAUAUCAUAAAAGAACACAUACAGGAGAGAAACCCUAUGAAUGUCACGAAUGUGGCAAAGCCUUUGCAGUAAUGAGUAAUCUCCAAAGACAUAAACGAGCACAUACAGGAGAGAAAUCCUAUGAAUGUAACCAGUGUGGUAAAGCCUUUGCAGGAAGCAGUGGUCUCCAGUACCAUAAACGAACUCAUACAGGAGAGAAACCCUAUGAGUGUAACCAAUGUGAUAAAGCAUUUGCAGGAAAGAGAGACCUCCAAAGACAUGUGCAAAAACAUACAGCAAAAAACUCUAUGAAUGUAACCACUGUGGUAAAGCCUUUGCUUGAAGCAGUGGUCUCUGAAUACAUAAAUCAACACAUGCAAGAGAGAACCCUUUUGAAUGUAAGCAAUGUGGUAACGCCUUUGCAGGAAGGUAUAAUCUCCAAGUACAUAAACGUACAUAUACUGGAGAAAACACUAUGAAUGUAACCAAUGUGGAAAAGCUUUUUCAAAAAUCAAUAGUCUUCACAUAAAAGAAAGCUUAGUUUAAAGAAACCCUUUGUAACCAAUGUGGUAAAGCUUUUUCACAAAGCAGUGGUCACCAAAAUCAUAAAAGUACAUAUAUGGGAGAGAAAGUAUUGGAUUUAUUCAAUAUGUUUUUAAAACUUUUUCACAAAGCAGUGGCCUUCAAAGAUAAAGAGGAACAUAUACAAGUGAGAAACUAUGAAUGUCAUCAAUGUGCUGAAGGCCUGCUACAUCACAAUCAUCUUCAAAUCCAUAAAAGAACAUGUACUCGAGAGAAAUCCUUUGAAUGUAACUAAAUUUGGUAAAGCCUUUGUAUAAAACAGUCAUCCUGUAACAGCUAAACGAAUAUACACUGGAUUGAAACCCUAUGAAUAUAAGCAAUGUGGAAAACCUUUUCCAGCUCACAGUAAAUAAUCUCCAUGUAAGUAAAAGAAGACACAGGAGAGAAACCCUAUGAAUGUCACCAAUGGGGUAAAGCCAUUGUACAUUGCAAUCAUCUUCAAUACAUAAAAGAAGAUAUACAGGUGAGAGAUCCUAUGAAUAUAAGCAAUGUGGUUAUAUUCAGUCAUAUUCAAAGGCAUAAAAGAAGCCAUGCAGUAGAGAGAUCCUGUGACUUCACAAAUUUCUAUAGUCUUCAUCAUGAAACAAUUCAUACUGGAGAAAAAUUAUGAAUAUAUUUAGUAUUUUGAAGCCUUUUCAAAAUUUCCAAGUCUUCAUCUUCAUGAAAGAGAAACCAUAUGAAUGCAUUCAAUAUGGGAAAGAAAUAUGCCUUUGCAUAUUUCUACAAUCAUCAUCCUCAUGAAAGUAGUCAUACUGGAGAAAAAGUCUAUGAGUCUAAACAAUGUGGUAGAGCCUUUCAGGUAUGGGGUCCUCUCAUAUCCAGCACAACUCAUACUCAGGUAAUGGAAAUCACAGGAAUUUAUUGUAAUACAGCUGCUCCUGGGUCAUGAUGAGACAGGACACUCAGAGCCUAGUGUGACUCGAAAUGCAUAGCCCUCCCUGCUGUGAGCCAGAAUGUUACAGUCAAAAACUCUGGCCCAGAAUUGUUCUUCUCUGAAAGAAUUGCAGGAACAAAAUGGAGAAGAGCCUGAGGAAAAGGAGGUCCAGUGAUGUGCCCAGAUUGCUGUCUAGCUUAGCGGGAGGCCUCAAGGUCUGACACUUACUGGUGCUUUGUUAUGCUUACAAACAGGGCCCUAUCCUGACUGCUUAUUAGAUAUCUGAAACAUCCAAUAAGUAGAUGAAGGAGUCAGACACAGAUAUUUACACUCAACCAAUGGACAGAAACUGGUGACUCCUUUGGAUGAAAAGCUGGAAGAAGUUGAGGAGGGCAAUGCUAGAGAAAGACCAGCAGUCUGAGCUAACCUGGACCCUGGGUAUCUCUCAGACACUGAACCACCAACUAGGCAGCUGAUAAACAGCAGAGGACUGCUGGGUCUGGACUCAGAGAAGAUGCACCUUACCCUCCAGAGACUUGGGGCUCCAGGGAGUUGGAAGGUCUGGUGGGGCGGGGUGGGGGAUGCAUGGGGACAU